GAAGUUUUCUCUUAUAAACAAUAUGCUGCUAUUGCAGCACGAACAAAAAGAGAUUCCAUUAUAUUUCGUUGAAAAAUGCCACCAAAAAAGAAACUUUCAAAAAAAGAAAAGGCACGCCUUGAAGCCGAACAAGCUGAACUAUUGCGAAUUGAGUUGGAAAAAGAAAAGCUUAAAAAAGUCGAAGAGGAACGCCAACGGAAACAAAUCGAACGUGAACAAGCCGAAAAACGAUUGCAAGUUGAAAUCCUAGAAAACAAGGAACGUCGCCAACAGCUAAAAUCAAGCAUGGCGUAUUUUAAUGACAUCCGUUUGUUAAUUGACACAAUCAAACAAAACGAAAAGGAAAACAACGAAUGGGAUAAGUUCAUGCGAUGCAAUGGUCUACCAAACGCUAACAGUCCAAGUGAUUUGCGAAAAUAUAUUCACAUGUGGAAGGUGGACAUUAAAUGUCGUCACCAGGAAGAACGCAAUUGGUUGUUGAAAACCAACGAACGUACACUUCUCACACAGGAUUCAAAUGUUGCCGAUUUAUCACGGACCAACCUAAGGAGACAACAGGGGAAUUUGGGAGAUUUGUAUGCAGGACGAAUCGAAGAGGUUCUCGGGAUACUAGCGGAAGUUGAUGAUUCUAUUGGUGAUUUAAAGCAGUCAAUAACUACGGUGACCGAUUUGAAUAAAUUGAAAGCGGAAAUAAGGGAUUUUCUGAGGGAUUAUCUAGACGAGUUUACAUAUAAAAUCCUUUCUCAUGUCGAAAGGGAUAUGGAACCUGACAGACCAGGAGUGUCCAAGCACACGUACAUAUCGAAUGUUUUUAAAAGCCAAGUUUGGACAAUAGCUGCUGAUGCUCACGUGUACGUUUUUGAUGAUUUGAUUUCGACUUAUAGUGUUUGUUAUAUAAUUUUGUUUGUUUUUUUUUUUUUAAUUUUUUUUAGGAAUCCAAAAGAUGUUAAAGCAAAGAUCGAUGAAAACCGUCACACUGAAAUCGAGUUUCCAGUCAUUGACAUGCAAAUAACUCUGCCUCCAUCGGUGAAAGUCAAUAACUGUGCUUUUCGAGGCCUCUGGCUAAACUAUGACCACUUUAGUGACUAUUGUCCAACUUUUCGCCUAUUAAGGCAUAGAAAAGAGCACUUAAAUAUUUUACUUCAAUCGAAAAAAGAAUGGAAAAAACGCAAAGAAAUCCUUCAAUCAAUGCUCGAUGAGGCAUCCGAAGAAUUGCCAAUAUCCGAUUUCGAUCCCAAUAGCGUGUCAGACGAACCAACCGCACCUCGUGAAAUUGACAUCGAUAAAAUAUACAAUGAUUACGAGGACGAACAAAAUAAGGCCCGCCGCAAGGACAUGGGGCUAAACGCGUCCGAAUUGGGUGAAUACGAUGUGAACUUACGUAAGUAUCGCAUUAUUGGGGGUGUGUUCGUGGUCGAUUAUUUGGAACAGCCGCAGCAGGAUAAAAGAUUAAACACAACGUCCUUCACUCGAACAAUUAUUUCUCCCAGCAAACUCACAAGGAAACCAUUUCGGCAAUCAUAUAAACCUCCGCCACCACCACUUCCGGGCGUUCGUAGAUUACCAGAAGAAAUUGAAGCAGAAAUGCGAUUAAUUGAGGCAAGUUUGGACAAAUUGGGAUCAGUGACUGUUGAAUUGCCAAAUUCAGUGAUAUGGUUCGAACCACCCAUCGCGUGUCGCUGGGAGACCGCAGAAGAAACAAUUCAAUUUGAGAACGAGGAAAAACUUUCUGUCCCAAUAUCUUCCACGUCUUUGGUCCGUGUGCAAACCAAUGAUGAUACCCUAGUUAAAUCAGGCAAAAAAGGAAAUAAUACCCUUAAGAAAUCCAACAACCGGAAAUAUUCAUACCCGUACAACAAUCUGAAUCUGAAUUUGAACUGCCAACUACCCGAAAGACAUAUCACAGAUUUCAACAUGUAUAACAUACCAAACGGCCUAGAUAUUUACGGUCUUCUCGAAGAUUAUGUUGUUCCUCGUUUGCCAGAGGGUUAUUCCAUUCAAAUGGAAUGUAACACAAACGAUGUCAAACCCAAAGUAACAUAUCUUUUUUUGGCCCGAAAUAUAUGCGAAACAUCAGAAUCCCUCCAAGGCGCACCGAAUAAAAUUCCAAUUCCAAUUACCCAAAGUAUUCUAGACACGGGUUCUCCCAGAGAAUAUUAUCCAAGAUUUAAUUUUAAAAAAUCCGUUCACAUUAUACCACCCAAAGACGAAGAUGUUGGUGAGAAGGGUGUUGAUGAGCAUCGAGACCAUCACAGUGACAAGAACCAAGGAAGUUAUCCUUGCAACGACGUUGAUGAUAUGACUAAAGGAGCAAAACCUUCUGCGUAUAUGUUUUCUCAACUUCUGGAGGAUCUUGAUCGACUGUGUGACGAACAAAUACCUUGCUUUAACAAACCAGACGAGCAACCCAGCUCCAGUGUAUCGUCGUUGACAGGUAGUGAAAUCGGAGAAGGUGUCGUGCUAAUAGGACAACUCACCCCUGAACAGAGUGCAGGAAGAAAACUCUCUGCGUGUAUUUUAACACAAGACUUUCAAGUGACGCCACCCAUGGCGAUGGUUGUGAAAUCAUCAGCAGAAGAAAAUUAUGACGAUGGUAAUCCGGAGGAGAAAACUGAAAGCAGUUCCGAAUAUGAAGAUGAUGAAGACUUAAGCAAACAACUUAUUGGGGAUCCAUCAAAUAAUGGCAAUCAAUAUUGCAAAGAGGAUAUCCCAAGGAAUUCCUUUAUAACAGUCGGAAAAUGGAGCCUUCGAGAUAUACACGACACAAAAUUCAACGAAGACAAACUUGCCAUUCAGUUUCGAGCCGGAUGUCUGGGGACAUUUGGGUUCGCAAUGAAUCGGUACUGCAAUAUGCCAUAUCAAACAUGGGAACUAAAGCCCGAUCAGAAAAUAACAGGAGCAAUCCAAUUCAGUUUUACAGCAUCUAUAAUCAGCAUGGACAUGAGCAUCACAUCCGGUGGUUAUUGUGUGAACUCUUUUCAAGGCGGCACCACAGACACCAUUACCAAGAUGGUUGGCAAAAUCCUGUCACUGGCCGAACUAAAAUCGAUUUUAAUCAAAUGCGCUGUGGACAUAUUCCCCGAUGAGGAUGCAUUCUGCUAUACAGAAGGUUCGUGCGAGAAGAACUUUGUCAUGGAAAUGCAUUUGUAUGCCUGCAUGUCCACUCUGGCCCUUUCACAUAAUUUCGGUUGGUCGAGAUGGAAUUUGCUGGCUGGAAGUCGCACUGCAGUUCUACUGAUGAGAGAAUUGGUUGAAAACAAAAAGGUGCCUAACCAUUCAACACUUCAAGUGACACCACUUCGCACAGCUAUUAUCGAUUGCACUGAAGUGUCAGCGUGUUUUAAUCCUGUGCCAGCCCAAGGGAUGGGUUUCUACGCCGAUUUGUAUCAACUGUCAAAGGUGCAUUUGUUGCCUAGUAGUCGCGAAAAACAGAUUUCUAUGGAUCCGGUCUUAAGGGAUAAUAUUGCACAGAUUCUAAUGGCAAUACGACCCUUGAGUUUUUGCUGAUACCUGCCUUAGUCACUCGUAUGUUGGUACUGGCUUAAUUGGGAAUUGGAAAAU